CGGACAAAGUCUGAUAUUGCGUCAUCGUUUACCGAAACAAAUGACGGACAUGGCCUUGCGAGUCAUACCUCGAUUUACAAGUUCACGUUAAAAACAGCAUUAGCACUUUGCAUUUGCUACUGUACAAGUGUACAUCGUUGUGUAAAAUUAUAUUAGAUAUAAUUGACGUAUUUUAUAAUGGCGUAAUAUUCUAAAUUCUAAUGCUAUAAUAUUAUUGUUCACAUAACCUCACUUUAGGUGAAUACUAAAUAUUUGUGAAUGAAAAGUGGUGUUCCGUGUUCAUUGAACGAUAUCAGGCACACAUUAAAAUGUCCAGAAAGGCUGCAGCAUCAACUUUAAACCGUAGUGUGCAAUUAUUAAGACCUAAAUUGCAUUGCUUUGGGAGUAUUAAGUACAAAAGUUUACAUACUACAGUAAAGGAAAUUAAAAUACCAGUACCAUGGGGUCAUGUCUCAGCAAAACUAUGGGGAAAGGAAAACCAGAGACCAGUUUUAGCACUUCAUGGGUGGCAAGACAACGCUGGCACCUGGGAUCCACUUGCACCUAUGAUCAGUGAUAAAUUACCGAUUCUUGCAAUCGAUUUUCCUGGCCACGGCCACUCAUCGUGGAUUCCACCAGGUUUCCAAUAUUAUCCCUGGGAUCUACCAAGAUUGAUACUCACAAUCAGAGAUUACUUUAAGUGGGAUAAAAUUUCAAUCUUAGGACAUUCCAUGGGUUCCAUAGCUGGGAUGCGAUUUGCCUGUGUAUUCCCAGAUGAUGUAGACUUCUAUAUAGCAGUGGACAGUCUUAUUUACGAUGACUACGACUUGCAUCAAGUAGUAGAAAGAUUCCCUAAAAUAUUACGAAAAAUACAGUUAGCCCAAACUCGCCUUAAUGACGAACCUCCAGCAUAUACGAUGGACGAAAUUAAGCAAAAAUGGUAUUUAGGUACAAACAAAUCUGUAGCAUUGGAAAGUGUGCAGUACCUAGCACAACGCGGUGUAAAGGCAUCGUCGAGUGACCCAAAUAAGUUUUAUUUCAAUAGAGAUGCUCGACUAAAAAGCAUACUUUUUAAUCCCGAAAAUAAAUUACUAGUAGAGACACUUGUCAAACGCUUAAAGUGUCCUACUUUAUAUUUCAAAGCGAUAGACUCACCUUACGCAUCAGACGAGUAUUCCGUGGAAAUGCGAGAAGUGGUUGAGAAGAACAAUGCGAAAUUUGAGAGCCAUUUUGUCCCAGGAACACAUCAUGUUCAAUUAAAUAAUCCUGAGAGAUUAGCACCAACUAUUAUAAGCUUUUUACAAAAGCAUAACUUUAUAUAAUCGGUACUAUUCUAUAAAGAAUAUAGUAUGAUAUAUUAUAUUCAUGCAUCAUCUUAGACCAAUAACACUUGUGUCUCUAUAACUUAAGUAAAAAAUGAUUAAUGGAUACUUAAUCUAUGUGAUAAGUAAUAAUAUGCUAUCUAUUUAUUAUACCCUGCAAUCAAAAUCAAUUUGUGUAAGGUUUUCUGACUUUGUAAAAAAAUUACAAUUUGUUAUGAUUUUCUUCUAAUGCAAGGUUUUAAUGGGAAUUUAUUUGAAUUAUUUUAGUUAACUGAACUAAUUUUAAUUUAGAAACGCAUGUUUUUAUUUAUGACGUAAACUGUGUAAUAUGUUUAGAAAAUAUUAAAUAUAAGUAGUGCACAAAUAUACCAAAUAGUGAUCACACAAAACAAUACAGGCUUAGGCGGCCUUAGAAAAUGUUUGAUUAAAGUAACUAUGGGCAAGCUAUUAUGAUAAAACAAGCAUAAAUUAUUGUCUAAUCCAAAUUUUAAUGAAUAGAGGAUAACACGAAAAUAGAAUAGAAGAAAUAGAAAAUAAUUUCUAUAUUUACUAGACUUAUUUUGCUCCUUAGUAACUGUAUUAUGCCUGUUAAAAAAAUUGUAAAAGUGGAAAGGUGUUCUAAUACUUAAUCUCAUGCCAAAUAUAAGUAUAAGGAAUAUCAUUUAUAUACAUAUUUAAUACUGUAAUAAUUACCUUAGUCUGCAUAAAGAAUACUUCUGUGAUUAUGUUACAUAUUAUUCUGUUAAGGUGUUAAUUUA